UCUCUCUCUCUCUCUCUCUCCCUCUCCUAUGUUUAAUGGUUGUAGGCCAGCCUUAGAAUCCGACGAGCAAGAGACUCCAAAAAACGAGUGAAUUGAAGUUGGAAGAAAGGUUGGGCUCUGCUGCUGCUGCUGCUCCUACCUCUUCAGUUUCUGCUCCUUCGGGUCCAUAGCCAUGGGGAGUUGCUGUUACGUUGAAGAAUCGAGAACUAAGAAGAAGAUGUUAUUGAGAAGAAGCUGUGUCUCUGUCGUUGUUAGUAUUUGGGUAAUUAGUCUGAGCUGCUUUGAAGCUUUUGCAUUCGGAGCAAUGAUCACUCGUCUACCUAAUGAUGAAGUGUUGGCUUUGCAUCAAAUUGCAAAAUCAUUGAAGAAGACAGAUUGGGAUUUCAGUGUAGAUCCAUGUAGCAAUCAAUCGGGAUGGGCAACGGCUAAUCCGAUGAAGGGAUUUGAGAAUGCCGUCACCUGCAACUGCUCCUCUGCUAGUGCCACUGUUUGUCACGUCGUCAGUAUAGUUCUCAAAUCUCAGAGUCUGCGAGGAAUCCUCCCCAGAGAAUUGGUGAAGCUUUCCUACCUCCAGGAAAUUGAUCUCAGUCGCAACUACCUUAACGGUACAAUCCCUGCAGAAUGGGCUUCCUUACCAUUGGUGAACAUCUCCUUUCUUGGAAACCGAUUGUCAGGUCCAGUCCCAAAAGAAUUUGGGAACAUCAGUACUCUCAGAAACCUGACCCUCGAAGCCAACCAGCUCUCUGGACCUCUUCCUCCAGAACUUGGCAAUUUGGUCGACAUAGAGAGAAUGCUGAUUUCCUCGAAUUACUUCACGGGGCCAUUGCCAGAGACAUUUGCAAAUCUAACCAACUUGAGGGAUUUUCGGUUAAGCGAUAACAAGUUUACUGGAAAGAUACCCAGUUUUAUAAAGAACUGGACAAAACUUACAAAAUUAGCCAUACAAGCUAGUGGAUUGGAAGGGUCAAUUCCUACUGAAAUUUCUGCUUUGGUACAUUUAACUGACUUGCGAAUCAGUGACAUAAAUGGAACAGAAAUGGAGUUUCCUCCAUUGAGUAACAUGACAAGCAUGAAUAAGCUAAUAUUAAGGAGUUGCAAUAUUAUUGGACCACUACCUGAUUAUCUCGGUGAAAUGGCAAAACUAAAAACCUUAGACCUUAGCUUUAAUAAGAUGACUGGAGAAGUUCCUAGCACUUCGGGUGGAUUAUCAAAUGUGGAUUUUAUGUAUCUAACUGGAAAUUUGUUAACUGGUACUGUUCCUGACUGGAUGAUGAAGAAAGGCAAAAACAUUGAUCUUUCCUACAACAACUUCUCCUUGGAAAGCUCAGGAGUAUCUAAUUGUCAACAGAAGAAUAUAAACUUGUUUGGAAGCUCUUCAUUGGGAAAAAACUUAAGUGGAGUUGUUCCUUGCUUGAAGAGUUUUACCUGCUCACGAAAGUGGUAUUCAUUUCAUAUAAAUUGCGGUGGAAGUGAUGUGAUUGUCAAUGGCAAUACCACCUAUGAAAAAGAUAUGGAUUCUGCUGGUGCUUCAAAGUUUUUCAAAGUGAAAAAUUGGGGAUUUAGCAGCACUGGCAAUUUCAUGGACAAUGAGGGCGUUGAUUAUUAUACAGCUACAAAUGCAUCCAAACUCUCAAUGAUCAACUCCCAAAUCUACACAACGGCACGUCUUUCUCCUCUCUCUAUCACUUACUAUGGGUUCUGUCUUCUGAAUGGGAACUACACUGUGAACCUCCACUUCGCGGAAAUCAUGUUUACAAACGAUCAAAAUUAUAGCAGUCUAGGGAGGCGCAUAUUUGAUGUCUAUAUUCAGGGACAAUUGGUACUGAAGGAUUUCAAUAUAGUAGAUGAAGCUGGUGGAGCUGGGAAGGUAGUCAUAAAAAAAUUUAUCUCAGUUGGUGUAACAAGUGGGACAUUAGAGAUCCGAUUCUAUUGGGCAGGGAAAGGGACAACAGCAAUCCCUUCCAGGGGGACCUAUGGUCCUCUCAUAUCGGCUAUUGCUGUGGAUCCUGAGUUUAUCCCUCCUUCAGAAGGUGGAAAGAAGAUGUCUACAGCUGCUGUCAUUGGGAUUGUGGCUUCAGUGGUAGGCCUUAUCCUGGUGGUUCUUGGAAUACUUUGGUGGGGAGGAUGUCUGAGGCGUAAAAACAUGGACCAAGGGCUGAGAGGUCUAGACCUACAAACUGGUUCCUUUACCUUAAGGCAAAUCAAAGCUGCCACAAACAACUUCGAUCCUACAAACAAGAUUGGAGAAGGUGGUUUUGGACCUGUUUACAAGGGCAUAUUAUUAGAUGGCACCAUAAUAGCAGUUAAGCAACUCUCUUCCAAAUCUAAGCAAGGAAAUCGUGAGUUUGUGAAUGAGAUAGGCAUGAUUUCUGCUCUACAACACCCUCAUCUUGUAAAGCUUUAUGGAUGUUGCAUUGAAGGAAAUCAAUUGUUGCUAGUUUAUGAGUACAUGGAAAAUAACAGCCUUGCUCGUGCUUUGUUUGGUCCAGAAGAAUGUCAACUGAAACUGGAUUGGCCUACGAGACAGAAGAUCUGCAUUGGGAUAGCAAGAGGUUUAGCUUACCUCCACGAAGAAUCUAGGUUGAAAAUUGUUCAUAGAGACAUCAAAGCUACUAAUGUUUUGCUCGAUAGAAAUCUUAACCCCAAGAUAUCUGACUUUGGGUUGGCCAAGCUUGAUGAAGAGGAGAACACUCACAUCAGCACACGAAUUGCUGGAACUUAUGGAUAUAUGGCGCCAGAGUAUGCCAUGAGAGGUUACCUGACUGAUAAAGGAGUUUAUAGUUUUGGGGUUGUUGCCUUGGAAAUUGUCAGUGGGAAAAGCAAUACGAGCUUCAAGACAAAGGAGGAAUCUGUUUAUCUUCUAGACUGGGCCCUCGUUCUGAAAGAAAGAGGAAACUUGAUGGAAUUAGUGGAUCCAAAGUUGGGUUUGGAAUUCAACAAGAAUGAGGUGUUAGGGAUGAUAGAUGUGGCUUUUCUGUGCACUAAUGCAUCUCCAACUCUUAGACCUACCAUGUCAGUUGUGGUGAGCAUGCUUGAAGGCCAAGCUGUCGUUCAGGAGUUUGUUCCUGAUGCAGGUAUCUCUAGUGAAGAUAUGAGAUUAAAGGCUACCAGGAAUCAUUGUCAAUAUGGCCAAGAUCAGAGCAUCAGUGAGAACCUCACCCAGAGUGCAUCUACAAAUGAGCCAUGGACUGAGUCUUCCACAUCAGCUGUUGAUCUUUACCCAGUCAAUCCGGAUUCCCAAUACUGGAGUAACAGAACAUAGACUAUACUGUACACACUCGUUUUGUCAUGUCGUUUAGAAGUUAAGGUUAUUAUAUAUAUUUUUUGCUGCACACAUUUCUGUGAUGAUAAGUAAUUUUGUAUUCCAUCACAACAGACAAAUGUACAUAUAGUUUUGGCAACUUGUAUGAAAAUUUGCUUAGCAUUCAUUUAUUAUAAGGGCAAAAUGUCUGCUUCAAUUAAUGAAUUAUGAUUUGUAAGGUUCUUGUUGCUUGAA